AAUUAAGAGAGCUAGAUUAAUUGAAGUAGAAAUAUAUUAGGAGUGCAGGACGGUGGCGCAAAGUUACGCAGGCGCGCUAGGCAUGACACAUCGCAGUGGUGGCCCUACGGACGCGAAGGCAACCCGCCGGCAAAGCCAACGUUCCCACGACUUCCGAAAACCCCAUUUACGAAAAACUCUCCUUCUCGUUCGUAUUUUGUUUUUCGUGACAGUGUCUUGAGUUCCAAACUUGAACGCGAAACAAAAGAACUUUUCGCCUUUCUUUUGUUUCUGUUAUCUUUUGUCGUGAAGUGUUCCGUUUUACCGCUCAAGUGUUGAUAAGAUAUUAAAAUCUUUGGAGAAAGGGGCUGAAGAUUGACGCUGUGGAUCAAUGCCCUUGCUCGGAGGCACCGACGAUGGCGCGUAGCACGGCUGUCUACCUCUUUACAGUCCAUUUUCUCUCGUACAUUAUAGUUUGCCGUCAAGAUAGCAGUAACAACAAACCUCGAGACCAGAAUACAGUUUCGGAAUCUUCCAGAAGAUUCCGAACAGAGUUCUUAGAAGAUUGGCCGCAGGCUCCUGGGGCUCCAUACUUCGAUCCAAGUACACCCGACAAUGUGACCGGCCUAGUGGGACAUCCUGUCACGCUUCUUUGUAAAGUGAAGAAUUUGCAAAAUCGGACGGUGUCAUGGGUGCGUCAUCGUGACAUCCACCUGCUGACGGUGGGACGCUACACAUACACAUCGGACCAGCGGUUCGAGGCGCAGCACAAGCCGCGCUCCGAGGAGUGGGCGCUCCGCAUCCGCUCCCCGCAGCGACGAGACUCCGGCCAGUACGAGUGCCAGAUCUCCACCACGCCACCCAUUGGACACGCAGUCUUUCUCAAUAUCGUAGAACCAGAGACGGAAAUACUGGGCGGACCGGAUUUAUUUAUCUACGCUGGCUCCACCAUAAAUCUGACGUGUAUAGUCAAGCACACACCAGAGCCCCCGAACACCAUUAAUUGGACUCACAGAGGCAAGACGAUAAACUUCGACUCUACACGCGGCGGUAUAUCGCUGGUGACUGAAAAAGGGACACAUAGCAGUAGUAGGCUGCUAGUACAAUCAGCAAGGACGUCAGACGCAGGCGCGUAUCAGUGCGCACCGGACAACGCGCUGACUGCUUCAGCGAGAGUACAUGUACUUACUGGGGAAACACCAGCAGCGAUGCAAGGCAGCGCCCAAUGGCCUAGCAGGUUACAACUACCUGUCGUUAUUAUAAUAAGUGUAUCAUUAUUUAAAGCGACUUUAAUAGAUUAAGUGAAGUGAGGGGAAAUAAGAAAGUGUUAGCCGCCAAAAUUUACAUUCUAAGUCUCUCUAAGUGUAAAUACAUUUUUGUACAAAGUAAUAAACUAAGGU